AUGGCUGAAGAUUCAAAAGCCAAGGUAGAACAUAAUCCAAAGAUCCUAUCUGGGCCUGUAUUGAUUAACUCACCCAAUGCGGCCCUUUCAAAGAGUUUGCUGAGUCGUUAUCAGAACAUAGUAUUGUUCAAUGAAGGUGAUACUAGGCUCAUUGCGACCUAUGUCUGGAUCGACGGGACAGGGGAACACAUUAGGUGCAAGGACAGGACACUCAACUUUUAUCCUCGAGCUCCUACUGAAUUACCAGUAUGGAAUUUUGACGGAAGCUCCACUGGACAAGCUGAUAGAAAAAAUGCAGAUACUCACUUGGUGCCUCGAACCAUCUACAAAGAUCCCUUUAGGCAAGAACCGCACAUUCUGGUCAUGUGUGACACCUAUAAAUACAAUAUGGAGCCUACAGAAACAAACCAUCGAGUAAACUGCCAAGCUGCGUACGAUAAAUGCACAAAAGAGGAGCCAUGGUUCGGAAUUGAACAAGAGUACAUUCUUCUGGACGCAGACCUGCGGCCCUUCGGAUGGCCUCCUGGCGGCUGCCCACCCCCUCAGGGACCUUACUACUGCGGCGUCGGGGCCAACAAAGUGUUCGCUAGGGAUCUCGUUCAAGCGCAUUACUUGUGCUGCCUUUACGCCGGUAUCCCGCUCGCCGGUACCAACGCGGAAGCGAUGCCUUCUCAAUGGGAGUUCCAAGUGGGACCAGCGAUUGGUGUGAAAGCAGCGGACGACCUUUGGAUGGCGCGUUUCAUACUUCAUCGCUUGGCUGAAGAGUUUGGGAUUAUUGUGUCUUUUGAUCCUAAACCUGUUGAGGACUGGAACGGAUCUGGAGCGCACGUGAACUUCUCAACAAAGGCUAUGCGAGCUGAAAAUGGUAUUGUUGAAAUCGAGAAGGCCAUAGACAAGCUGUCCAAGGUGCACAUGAAGCACAUCAAGGUGUACGAUCCUCGCGAAGGCAAAGAUAACGAGCGCCGUCUCACCGGUCUGCACGAGACCGCCAGUAUUAACGACUUCACUUCGGGUGUUGCUAACAGGAGUUGCAGCAUUAGGAUUCCAAGGAAGUGUGCUGAAGAAUCGUGCGGCUACCUUGAAGACCGGCGACCCGCUUCCAAUUGCGACCCUUACGCAGUCAUAGACGCAUUGUUACGUACUUGCAUUCUCAACGAGUGA